UGCAAGCAAACCAAAUAUAGGCAAAAGAUCACUAUAAAAAGAAUAGAAAAUGAAAAUGACAAGUCAAUCACAUUGUCAAAGAAUAGAUUUGGGAUGUACAAAAAGGCAAGUGAAUUGAUGACUCUAUGUGGUGCUGAAGUUGUCCGUAGCUCUAGUGCCGAUAACCCCAAAACCCUCCCUCAUUCUGCCAUCAAACGUAUUGCCGAUAAGCUCCGCUCUCUCGGCUUCACUGAAGAAACCGAAACCAAAUCGCAAACCACUGCUGGAGAAAUCUUCAUCCCUUUACCAAAUCGUUUACCCAAGUACCGGGUAGGGCACACUCUCGACUCGAGCUGGAGCACGCCGGAGAAUCCGGUACCGGUGCCGGGGUCCGGGAAAGCGAUAUUUAGGUAUCAUGAACUGAGAAAAGAGGUGAAGAGAGAAAGAGAAGCAAAGAAAGGGGAGGGAAAUGUUCCGUCAUUGGCGGAGUUGAGUUUACCCAAGGAAGAAUUGAGGAGGUUGAGGACAAUUGGGAUUGCGGAGAAAAGGAAAUUGAAAGUUGGGAAAGCCGGGAUUACGGAAGGGAUUGUGAAUGGGAUUCAUGAGAGGUGGAGGAGGUCCGAGGUUGUUAAGAUUGUUUGCGAGGAUUUGUGUAGAAUGAACAUGAAGAGAACUCAUGAUUUAUUGGAGAGAAAAACUGGAGGGUUAGUUGUAUGGAGGGUUGGCAGUAAAAUAGUGUUGUAUAGGGGCGCCGAUUAUAAUUAUCCUUACUUCUUUGCAGACACUAGUUCAGUGAAUGGAACUUCUCCUGAUGCUGUACAAAAUACAGACAUGGAUGAUAAAGGAGUUGAUGAAGUUGGGAGUUGCAAGUCUGCCGUGGAUGGUGCAGCUCCACCUGAACCCAGUCCAACCGAUGAAAUAGUUGGACCGAGCUUAGUACAAGGGGUUGGUUCCCCAAAUAGAGUACGGUUUCAAUUGCCCGGUGAGGCACAACUUACAGAAGAAGUUGACCAGUUAUUGGAUGGGCUAGGCCCCCGAUUUACUGAUUGGUGGGGAUAUGAUCCACUCCCAGUUGAUGCUGAUCUUUUACCUGCUGUUGUUUCUGGAUAUCGGAGACCCUUCCGCCUUCUUCCGUAUGGUAUCAACCCUACUCUGACAAAUGAUGAAAUGACCACAUUAAAGAGGCUCGGUCGACCCCUGCCUUGCCAUUUUGCCUUGGGGCGAAAUAAGAAACUUCAAGGAUUGGCUGCUUCAAUUGUCAAGCUUUGGGAAAAAUGUGAGAUUGCAAAAAUUGCAGUUAAGAGGGGAGUGCAGAAUACUAAUAGUGAGUUGAUGGCUGAAGAAUUAAAGGUUGGCUGGGGAUUGAGUGCUGAAUGUAGAGAUUCUAGUAGGAACCAGUGGUGUUUUAGGCUUGAUAGGCACUGGAACAGUAAAUGGCUGACUGGAGGAAUUUUGCUUUCACGGGAUAGGGAAUUUAUUGUAUUGUACCGGGGAAAGGAUUUCCUACCAUCUGCAGUUUCCUCUGCAAUUGAAGAUCGAAGAAAGCGUGGAGAUAGUGAUAAAAAAUGGAUUACAUCAAAUGAAACUGCAGAGGAGCUUAAAGGUAGGAGUUGCAGGACUAUAAAUGCCAAAUCUUCAGAUGAAAUUGAUGUUACCAAUGACCGGAAAUUGGAUCUCCCUGAAAAUAGAAAGCUGAGGUCCACUGAGGCAGCUAAUAAAAGGACUAGCAUCAAAUUGUCCAUGGCAAUAGCAAAGAAAGCAAAGGCAGAGAAACUUCUUUCAGAGCUGGAGAAAUCAGAGAUGUCCCGGCAACCAGAAAUAGAUAAAGAAGGGAUAACUGAAGAGGAAAGGGAACUUGUGAAGAUAAUAUGUAAAGAGAGGAGCUUUCAGGCUGUUCAAGAAGUAGCACGGACCUUGGAGGUAGAAAGUGGUGGAGUGUUAGUGGCAGUGGAGGGUGUCAGUAAGGGUUAUGCUAUUAUUCUGUAUCGUGGAAAGAAUUAUACACGGCCUGCUUGUUUAAGGCCUCGCACACUCCUGAGUAAAAGGCAAGCAAUGAAACGCUCUUUAGAGGCACAACGACGAGAGUAUGAUAUCUAUGUUACCCUUUGGUUUUUCCGAGUUGGCAGGGGUUGGAUUAGUAACAUAGACCACUUGAAACUUCAAUUGGUUAAAGACAAGGAAGCCCAUAAUAUACAGUGGUUUGACAAAUCAAAAUUUCAGGUUAAAGAUGAGAUGAACAACAUAGAAUUAGAUGAACCUACAAGAUCAGAUUCUGAACUGAAGUCUGAUUGUCAUUCAUCUUCAACCUUUCCUGCUGAAUGCAAAGAGAUUAUUGAGACUAGGGAUGGACAUGGAGCUGAUUCAACUACUGUUAACCAAAAUGAUAGCCCGGGUGCAUCAACAAAUGCUGUUCGACUUAAACCUGCUCAACAGUCUAAUUGGACUAAUCUUUAUUCAACAUUUGAUGGGAAUAGGUCUGGUGAAAAUGGACCUAAUUCUUCAUCAGAAUUUGUGAGAAAUGAAACCUGUAAUAGUCUAUUCACUGGUACAAGUGGUGGAGCUGUUAACUGGACUUCUUGCUCAAAUAAUAGCAUGUCGAACAAAAAGAUUGUGUCUCACCUCAAUGCCAAGAAUUGUGUUUCUUUCAAUGAGGAAAUGGGGUCAUCAGUUAAAUCAGUUGAAAAUCAGUCGGAAGAAUCAGUUCCAAUUGUGGGGGAAGAGGACGAUCGAAUGUCUUCCAGGGUGGCCUGUCUUUCCAAUAGAGACAGACUUCUGCUACGAAAGCAAGCUCUCAAGAUGAGAAAACGUCCAGUGCUUGCAGUAGGGAGGAGCAACAUUGUCACUGGUGUUGCAAAAGCAAUAAAGGCCCACUUCCAGAGGCAUCCUCUUGCUGUUGUGAAUGUCAAGGGCAGAGCCAAAGGGACUUCUGUCCAGGAGGUGGUUUCCAAGUUAGAGGAAGCGACAGGUGCAGUUUUAGUCUCCCAGGAGCCCAGCAAAGUCAUACUUUACCGAGGCUGGGGUGCAGGUGAUGAACCAGACCACAAGGGUAAGAAGAUUAAGCAAGAUGCUGGGAAAAUAUCUAGUGCAAAGGGCAGGGGUCGGCAUCCUGUCUCUCUUGAGCUCAUGGCAGCAAUCAGACUUGAAUGUGGGCUGCUGCACUACAACCAAGCUAAAAGACCAACUCCACCUGUUGAAAUUUGA